GCUGCGGUGCUUCUCGUUGAACGCGUUCGCAUCGGGAUUUCGUAUUCUAUUAUCGUUUUUAUUAUUCUUCUGCGCAGCAACUUCUGUGCUUGUAGCUGUCACGUUUGAGUCCCCUGCAACAAAGGAAUACGGAAAUUCACGUCGCAGACGUGGUGCAGCCCGCUACUAUUUGACCAACACCGAAGGAAGGAUGCCGACUCCUACCGAUCGUGAUGCCGUCUCUCCGUACACCCAGACGGACGAGGACCUGUCCGGCAAGAAGCACACGCCCGCCGUGAAAUCGUACAAGAACACGGAGUUCCUCAACGGUAGUGCCGGUCGGAUGAUCCGCAUCCUGUGCGAGUUCGAGGAGCCGCAAGAGCGACUGCGCCGCAACUUUAUCCGCUCCACCUUCCUCUUUUUUGGCAGUGCGCGGUCCAUGACGCAGGUGCAAUUCGAUGCCACCCUGAAGCGGCUUCGCACGAAGCUGACCGACUGCACCGAUGAGGGGGAGAAAGAAACCGUGCGGGCGGAGCUGGCCCGAUUGGAGAAGACGCAGUGGAUGUGUGAGUGGGUGGAGGUGGUGGAACGGCUGGCGACGAUGGUGGCGCAGUUCGCAAAGGAGGAGCAGCACCUCAUCAAUCGCAGCUACCGGUACAUCCCGGACUACUUCAAGGUGACGCCAGAGGAGACAACAAAGUCGAUGCAGGAGCUGGAAGCGCAUUUCGACGACCUUGUCGUGACCACCGGCGGUGGCCCGGGCUUUAUGGAGGCGGCGAACCGCGGUGCCGCGUCGGUGCCGGGGGUGAAAACGAUGGGCAUGGGCAUCUCCCUGCCGUUUGAAAAAGGCCUCAAUAAACACGUCACCGACGGACUUGCCUUUGAGUUCCACUAUUUCUUCACCCGCAAGUACUGGAUGAUGUACUCGUGCCGCGCCAUUGUCGUCGCACCCGGUGGCUUCGGUACGAUGGAUGAGAUGUUUGAGCUGCUCACCUUGAAGCAGACCAAGAAGAUCCCGUCAUUGCCGGUGGUGCUGCUUUGCAAGAAGUUUUGGCAAACAGUGAUUAACUGGCAAGCGCUGGCUGACUUUGGUGUCAUCUCGCAAACCGAGAUCGACGGCAUGCUCUUCACCGACUCCGCCGAAGAGGCGAUUGCUUACAUCAAAGACUACUACCUGCGUCUCGCUGAGGUUCAAAACUAA